AUAGAACACAAUCACAAGCUCUGCAGACAGUGCAUUGAGAGAACCUACUGUUCGCUCGCGCGUUUGACACGUUAACCACGUCGUUGUGCAGCGCCCUUGCAUUCCAGCAGCAGCUGCAUUGGUCGCCAUGCGCAAACUUUGAUGCUUUUUGAGCUCGGUUGAGCGCGCCGGGUCUGCAGCUCGGGCUGAGAGCGCCGGGCCGGGCCCAAUAUGGCUGCAGCCUCUGCUGCGGCUGGCGCUGUGUCUCAGGUCCAGGAGCAGACGUGGGAGACAAAGAUACCCGUGCACCUGUCUCUGGCGCCAGACAACAUCAGCAGCCCCGCAGCCGUCCGGCCCAUCUAUCUGAUGGCGCCGCGGCAGGGCUACCUUCACGCCCUGGCCGCACAGGCCUGGCCGCACCUGCAGCUGAUGGCGCCGCGGCAGGGCUACCUUCACGCCCUGGCCGCACAGGCCUGGCCGCACCUGCAGCACGUGCUGCCGAGCGUGCCAGGCCGCAGCACGCCGCGCCCAUGGUUCGACUGCGGCGGUGUGCCGCUCAAAUGGUACCUGCCUUGCGGGGUGCUGUACGACCUGCUUUCAGAGGGUGGCCGACUGCCGUGGCGGCUGACGGUGCACUACACGCACCCGCCCGACUCGCUGGUGGGCUGGGAGACCGGCGCCAACGCCAUGGCCCAGUUCAUGAACUGCCUCAAGGAGUCCAGCUACGUGUGCCGCGGCCCCGACGGCGCGGGUGCGGUGAUGCGCACCGGCAGCAGUCAGCAGGAGGCGCUGUGGGCGGCGGUGGGGGCGGGGGACCUGCAAGCCUACAGGGCGGCGCUGGGUGCUCUCAAGGUGGCACCGCAGCCGCGUCAAGGACACGUCCCCAACAUCCCCGUACGACUGCUGCUGCGGAGACCGCCGCCCAGCUCGGCACCAACCGCCGCAACAGCCGCAACAGCCGCCGGCGCUAGCACCAGCAGCAGCUUCCUAGCAGCUUCCUCCACAGCGGCAGGCCAGGCGCCACAGCCGCCACAGCCACAGCCACGGCCAGGCAAUGGCGGCGGCGCUGCCGCAGGCGGCGGCGGCGCCGCCGCCGCGGCCGGGGGCCUGGGAGCCAGUAUGAUGGGGGGGCCUGGGCCGGUGGGGCCCGGGGGACUGUGGGAGACGUGUGUCACCGCCACCAGUCGGCCGGUGCCGGCCCUGCAGGGCGGAGGAGCAGUGGCUUGGGGCGCCGCAGCUGGAGGUGGAGAUGGAGGUGGCGGGGGUGCAGGGGAAGGCGGUGGGACCCCCACCACCCUGGGCCAGCUGCUGCAGCUAGUGCUGCCCCACAUCUUCCCGCCGCCGCCGCCGCCGCCGCCGUCCGCUCCUUCGAGAGCAGCAGCGUCGGCGGCAGCGUCAGCAGCGGCGUCAGCACCGGCGGCAGAGGCGGCAUCAACAGCGGCGGUGGAGGGGUCGUCAGAGGCGGCGUCCGCUGCGGUGGAGGGGUCGAGGGAGGCGCUGGGGCAAGGGAAAGCAGGAGUGGAACCGGCAGGGGAUAUGAGUGCAGGGGCAGGGGCAGGAGCAGCGGUGGGAGCCGAUAAAGCGGGUGCAACAGCAGUGGAGACUGCAGAGGGUGAGGCCGCAGGCGGUGGCGGUGGCGGCGGUGGGCCACCCGGCAACGCUGCCGCCACCUCUUCGGAGGCAGAGGCAGAGGCGGCAGCAGGGGCGGCGUCAGGCAGCGAGCCGGACCCUGGGUCUGCGGCACUAGAGCCCGCAGCAGCAGCAGCAAUAACAGCAGCAGCAACGGGAUCCGAAGCAACAGCGGCGACAGCAGCAGUAGCAGUAGCAGCAGCAGCGGCGGCGGCGUCGACGUUGCCGGCGUCAGGCGCUGCCGCCUCCGGGCCAACAGGCGCCGCCUCCGGCGCCGCCCCACCUCCCGCGCCGCCUGCUGCCGCCCUGGCUGCCUCUGCUGCUGGACAAGCGGCGGGCUCUUCGGACUCAUGCUUGGCAGCACAAUCGCAAUUGCCACCGCCAUCGCGAUUGCGGCGGCGGCGGCGGCCUGAGGGGUGGCCGGCGCGGUUCCGGGUGUUGGUGGGUGGCGUGUGUCCGCCGCUUGAGGCCCCCCUGGGCUGGCUGCACGCGGCCAUGCACUCGCCCGACCUGUUCCUGUAUGUGGUGGUGCGGCUGGAUGAGGAGGGGGGCCAGGGCCAGGCGGAAGAGGAGUGGGAGGAGGAGGAGUGGGAGGAGGAGGAGGCGGGGGAGGCAGGGCUCGGGUAGAGGCUGCUGGCGAUGGCAUGUGUGCUAGACGGCCGUUGCAGGAGCAAUCGGUUAAGUGACUCGUGAAAAACGGAUGAGUGUGGUGGACCGAGCAGGUUCUGGAAAUAUGGAGCCAUGCAAGGUUUGCAAAUUAGACAAGUUUUGGUGCCUGGGCACGCACGCCCCUGAGUGAACCCGGGCUGGAGCCAUGGCGAGCACCAGCCCUUACAUUGGACGGCUAUGCUGCAAAAGCAACUCUCGGCAACAGUCGCGGGCGUGUCUCCGAUCUAUCGUCUUGAUCGUG